GAUCGGCAGGAAGCGUUUGGCAGUGGACCGCAAAUAAGAUGACAUCUCAAAGUGGAGACUCAACAGCAUCCUCUGCAGUGGCUUCGUCUGUUACUGCUAUUGCAGGCUCCACUGCCGGAGCUCUUUCGAAAGCUUGGUCAUGGACAUCAGGAACGGCAGGUAGCGUUUCGGAGUGGACCGCAAACAAGAUAUCAUCUCAAAGUGGAGACUCAACAGUAUCUUCUGCAGUCGCUUCGUCUGUUGGCCCACUUUUAAAGGCUUGGCAAUGGACUAUGGGCAAGGUUUCUUCACAAACUGGUGAUUCUACAUUAUCUACCACGACCUCCUCUAGUAAUGUACUGUCUAGUAUAUGGAAGUGGGCAUCAGGUCAGGGUUGAAUAAUUUGAAAGAGCCUUGCAAUAAAUCUUGAGCUAAA